CUUGCGUGCACAGCGGCUUGGCGACCAACUGUUUACAAAAAGCAACUCUCGACGCACGAGCGUGUCACUCCAAAGAGCAAGGGGACGAGCAGCGGGCACAUCACAACAUGACGACUUUAGAGGAACUUGAGUUGUUAAAGGAAAGUCCCCCAGUUGUGGGUAAAGUAAACCACCAUAGCAUUGAGCUGUAUUGGGAUGAGGCUGGCAGAAUCAAACGGAUUGGUCCUUGUGAUCAGUGGUUGCGUUUUUCAGUGGAAGAAGAAGAUUCUAGGACACACACUUUUGGAACAAUUCAUACUGGUUAUUCUAAACGUCAUACAGUUGAAGGUCUUGAGCCCAGCAUGUUGUACAAAUUCAGACUGAAAAUUACAAGCCAAUCAGGAGAAACAGUAUAUAGUCCGGUAGUUUCUGUUUCAACUACAAGAGAACCAAUGAGUGGGAAACAUCUGCACCAGGCCAUAAAUGUGAAUGAUGAAGAAGCAGUUGUUCAAGUCUUACAAUCAGGAACUGUUAAUGUGGAUGUUCCUGAUAAACUUGGGUUUACACCUCUUAUGGUUGCAGCACAGAAAGGCUACUCAAGAUUGGUGAAUAUCUUGGUUGAAUAUGGAGCUGAUAUUAAUUUAAAGAAUGGCAGUGGGAAAACAUGUUUAAUGCUUGCUUGUUUUGCUGGCCACCUGGAUAUUGUUAAAUUUCUCAGAAAAUCUGGUGCUGACUGGGAGACUUGUGACAGGACUGGUUCAACUGCUAUGCACUGGGCAGCUGAUGGAGGUCAUAUAAAUGUCAUCCGGUUUUUAAUAAAUGAUGGUUGUAAGGUUGAUUCUAAGGAUACUGGUUCUUUGUGGACACCGCUUAUGAGAGUUUCAGCUUUAUCUGGCAAUGCCAGAGUUGCAUCUCUCCUAAUUCAGGCAGGAGCAGAUGUGAAUGUACAGGAUAAAGAUAGAAAGACACCUUUAAUGGUGUCUGCACUUAACAACCAUGAGGAGUUAGUAACAUUACUGUUGAAGAAUGGAGCAAAUCGUCAUAUUAAAAACGAGUAUGGAACAAGUGUUCUAGAGAUGGCUAAAGCUUUUGGAAGGCUGAAUAUUGCCCACCUGUUGGAAGAUAAAGUGAUUUAAUGUAGGAAACCUGGAAAAUGUUUUUCACUUCAGAAAAAUUGACCAUUUGACAUUCUUUUUCAAUGAGAGAAUGCAGACAAAACAAUUAGACAGGUAAAACAAUUGGAAAAGAUUCUUUUUCAGUUUAAAAGUACUUGGCAAUUUUACUUUAAUAUAAUAAUUCUUCAUUUUAUUUAUGCACAGAAUAAUGUAUUUUAUUUACCACUUUACUAAACAAUGAAGAAUUCUGUUUCUCUAUAGUAGAAACACCACUGUAACAUGGAAAAAUGCUUUGUGUUGUAAAUCGUACAUAUUCAGUAUAUUGCUGUAUACUUGCUGUAUACUUAUAAUGUAGAAGCACAAAAUAUACUGAAGUUAAUGAAGCUGCCCUUUAGAAAGUAUUAAUCUUAAAAUGUAGCCUACUAAAAUUGAAUUGUUUUGUGUUUUAUUUAUUUUUUUUUUACAUAUGUUUGACAUUUCAAACAGUAUUUACAGAUAUAACCUGAUAAGUUAGCAAAUGUACUGGCAGAGAUCUUGUAGUUUUAAUGGUAUUAAUAUGAAAUUUGUAAACUUAACUUUUUUUUCGUAGGGGAUGUAAGCCACCAUUCAUCAGUAAAGUCUAUUUUACACUAUUCCCCCAUUACUUGUUAUGUAAAUGCCUUAUUUCUAUACAAAUGGCAGAAAGGAGUACAUGCAAUAAUAUACUUGAGCAAAAUAUAGUCCACAGAACCUUGCAAAAAGAAACAGCAUUGCAUCAAAUUUCAUAGGGAACAUCAAACAUUUUAGCUGUCCAUUAAUUCUUGAACACACUCGUCUAAUUUUAUUCAUAUAGUCAUUGCCUUGUUUCUUAGGCAAGAAACAAGUAUGUAAAGGAGCACUGUACCUAUUUUUCACAGGGCAAACUCACUUACUAACAAUGGGUCAAUUUACAAUUUCCUAAAAACCUGAAUUAAAUAAAAGGUAAUUUAAACCUGGCAUUUUGUAGGGUAAUGCAGGAACAAUUCUUUCAUCAUUCAAGCUUUUGCAAAUAAAUUAAACUAAGUUUUGUUAACGUAUACACAUGCAUAAAUAUACAGAUACAAGAUUAAUCAUACUUUAAUGCAUUAAAUAAAUUUUUAUAUCAGUGGCUUCAAUGUAUGUGAUGUUAGUGUUUCAGCUUCUUUUUGUUGGCCGUACUAAGCAUAGAAAACCAUUUUAAAGUGAGUAUUGCCCUAUUGAAGGGAAGUCAAGUUGGGACAAAAUAGCAACUUUUACAAGCUGUCACAUGAUUACAGGGCUGCAUCUUGAGGAUUUUGAAUAAUAUUGUAUAAGAAAAUAAAUCUAGAAUUAUAGCACUGCUUAAUAGUGUUAGUUGGCUUGAAGUGGAUGUGACCAAAUUCUGCUUCAGAUGUAUUGGCAUAAUUGUGUAUUUGAUGCUAGUAUUUAAAAAUUCAUUAGUUAUAUUUCAUAGCUGACUUUUGUAGAACUGGGUGACAAGACUUGGAGUACAUAGUCCUCCAUGCAAAAUUGGAGAGAAUGCUUGUUUACUAAUUAUAUGAAAAUAACAAAAUAUACAUUCCUAUUAAAAUAUAUAGAAGUCUUAUGCCUAAUCAGUAGACCGCACAAAAAUAUUGUUCAUCCAUCCAUCCAUCAUCAAACCCACUAUAUCCUAACUACAGGGUCAUGGGGGUCUGCUGGAGCCAG